CGGGUAGGUACCUAGGUCGCCAAGGUCGAGACUACUAGGUACUUGACGCCGUCCAAGUGACUGAACUGUUUUCUAUCGAUUCAACUUCUCGUGCACCGCUAUCUACCUAAGUACAGCUACUUUCUCAUCGUCUUUCGUUUCCUUAACGACCUUAGUAAAUUGGAAAAAGACUCGAGAUGGGUUCACCCACGGAAACUCCUACCAUUAUCAUGGUCCAAGGCUCUUUUCAACUGCCAGACGCAUACUAUAAGCUAGACGAUGCCCUCAGAGCUCUCGGCUAUCCUGUUGUUCACCCACUCUUGCCAAGUCUGACUGACGAGGAGAAGCCGGGCUUUGCCACCAAAUCUUUGACUGACGAUGCACUUGCCAUUCGAUCCGAGGUCCAGCGCCUCGUGGAACAAGGGAAAAAGGUGUUUGUUGUGAUGCAUUCGUACGGCGGGCUCGUGGGCACCGAAGCCGUGACCAAAGACCUGUCUUUCGAUGAACGACAACCUGCUGGCCUUCCUGGCGGCGUUGUACACUUGUUCUACUUCGCCGCAUUCAUCCUCCCUACAGGCCAGUCCGUGCUAGACGUGUUUGGCGAAUCCCCAAACAACGACGUCAAGCCAGAUGGCCGAUUUACCAUAAAGAACGCGGCUAACAUACUCUACCACGACCUUCCUGACGCUGAGGCGCAAGAGUGGGAAUCAAAGAUCAUCAACCAGUCCUACGCAGUACAGAAAACCAAGAUGACCAACGAGGCUUUUGGCUUUGUCAAGUCCACUUACGUUGUCUGCGAAAAUGACCGGGGUCCGCCCCCAAUGUAUCAGGAGAAAUUUGGCGAGAUGGCGGGAUCCAAGAUCCAGAAGAUCAGCUCUGGCCACUCGCCUAUGCUAAGCCACACGGCGGAGCUGACGAGAAUGAUAGAUCAAGUGGUAAAAUCUGUUAUCGAAACAGGGGCCCAGGUCUGAGUGCCGGUAACUUUAUACUACGAUCAGCUAACAGAGAAAGCCACAUUCUUUUUCCUAGCCAACUUUUAGGCUGACAAGAUUCAAUGGUUGUUAGAUCCUAGUCCUGUACCCACACUCCUAGGAGAAAUGUAGUAAUUAUAUGCAAUGUCACACCGAUAGAAUAUGCAGUUGGUUCGC